GCGAUGUUGGGGGGUGGAGGGAGGAAGGAGGUGCCGUUUGCAUUCUGUCUUUCUUUCAACAUGGUGGAAGCGUUACUGCUGAAGUCGUGAGUUCGCUGCUGUUGUCUGGGAAGGAUCCUGCCCACCCUCGAACCUGGCCCCCUGUUCCCUGUCCUCCUUCGCCCGGCUUCUACUUUCUCCUUUCUUCCCUCGGCCACGAUGCUGCUAUCCCUGGUUGUUCACACUCACUCGCUCCGCUACUGGCUGCCGGCCGCGGUGAUGAUGGGCACGGCCCCGGUUUACCUCCUCACCUGGGCGGCCUGGCGCCUCCUCUCCAUGCUGCUGCCUGCCCGCCUGUACCACAUCAUGGACGACCGGCUCUACACCAUCUACCAGAGUGUCGUCCUCUUCUUCUUCGAGAGCUACACCGGGGUAGAGGUUAUUAUAUAUGGAGACCUGCCAGAGAAAAAGGAAAACAUGGUUUACUUAUCUAACCAUCAGUGUACAGUUGACUGGAUUAUUGCUGAUAUGUUAGCAGUCCGGCAAAAUGCACUUGGCCAUGUGCGUUACGUUCUAAAGGAUGGGUUGAAGUGGCUUCCCUUGUAUGGAUGGUAUUUCUCUCAGCAUGGAGGAAUAUAUGUCAAGCGAAGUGCCAAAUUCAACGAAAAAGCAAUGGCUGAUAAACUUGAGCAACAGAUAAAAGUGGGCACUCCAGCAUAUCUUGUGAUUUUCCCAGAAGGAACCCGUUACAACCCAGAUAAUCCGGAAGUGAUUGCAGCCAGCCAGGCAUAUGCUCAUAAAGAAGGACUGCCAGCACUAAAACAUGCCAUGUCACCACGUGUGAAGGCAACGCGAGUAGCCGUUAACACUAUGAGAGGCCACCUAGAUGCUGUGUAUGAUGUAACUGUUGCAUACGAAGGAACGAUAAAUAACACUGGGUACCGGGCAACAGCUCCAUCUAUGCCUGAAUUCUUGUGCAGAGAGUGUCCGAGAAUACACAUUUUCUUUGAGCGUGUGGAUGUGAAAGAAGUUCCAGAGGAGGCUAUUUUCCUGAAGAGGUGGUUACAUGAACGCUUUGAAAUCAAGGACAAGUUGUUAACAGAAUUUUAUGAGUCAGAAGAUGAGCAGAAACGAUACAAAUUUCCUGGAGAAGGCCACAAAUCACAGUUGAGCCUAAUGAGGACGCUUCCAUCCCUGCUCUUCCUUGGUGGUCUGACAGUCCCCAUGCUGCUGACAGAAUCUGGAAGGAAAAUUUAUAUGAAGACAUGGAUUUAUGGAACAUUAGUGGGUUGGUUAUGGGUUAACAUUAGACCCUAAAUUUCCAUCCUUUGAUGCAAGUUCUAAUUAUUUAGAAUAAUCCUAAUGUAAUUGCUUGUACAGCAUUUUUUGGAAGUUGCCUAUAAAAUGGGAUUUCAAAAUUGCAGUUGAAGAAAUUUUAUACUCUAAUGAAAAACAUUUGCCUUAAUGACUGAAAUGAACAUAUUCCGGUAAUGUAUCUGUUCAGUAUAGCUGUAAUUUAGUGGCAAUAUUUUACCUGCUAAGUGUAGUUUUAGAGCCCUGAUGUGUUUCUGUGCAGUUGAACAAAUUAUUGUAGGCUGUUUAAAGAAUUCAAAUGGUGUGGUAUUAAAUUUGUUGAGAAGGGAAAUGUGCUUUAUUUGAUGCUAUGUAUAGCUACAGGCUGUACUGUUUUGGGGAGGGCGUGAAGUGAUUUAUUACCACACUCAUUUACAUAGAGUCUGCUAUUUUGUUGCUAUAUGUUGAAUUGUUCGAAUUGUUUUCAGAAGACAUCACUGCAUUUCGGUUUGUAUUUAAAGAUUUUUUUUAGAACAAGCUUAUAGCAUUGAUCUUUCAAAUACUGAGAGUUAAAUCAGUGGGUCAUCAUUCUCUGUACUGCUCUAACUCUGUCGUAUCAUUAAAAAUCACAUUUUCAAGAACUGUUCCAAUCCAAUGAAAUUGCUGUGAGGCAUGGUUUAUCUGUGCAGGGCAAAACAAUGCAAAUAUAAGUAUAGUUAUGAAAGAUGGGUAAUGUGCUUAAUUUUAGUUGCUGACUGCUUAGUUUUGUGAACUGAUGGUGAUUUUUAUAAAAUAAUAUAAUUACUGCAGUAUUUCAGCUGAUGUGCAUAUGUACUAAAUGUACAUAAAUUGUUGGGCUGGAACUGUCUUCAGUUGUAUUUAUACAGCACCUUGAAUAUCAUCAUCUAACAUUGAAAACCACAAAGAUGAAGCACUGGAAAAUGAAGUGGAUUACUGUAUAUGUUGACCUUUGUGUGGAUAAACGAUUAAGAAUCUACUGCUUGUUCAUUUAGUAAUUGAGUUGCUUCGUAAUUGUGAACUGUUUUCUUAACUAUGUGAAGCCUUGAUGUGCCGUUUACUGUAUUUACAGAAAGCAUGUGCCUUUUGCCUGUAACUGACUGGUUCAUUCUCAAGACUGAUACUGAUGACAGUCUUAGUACAGGCAUAUUAGAAAUGCAUCAUUGUAACUUGCAACUGGAUUUGCCUAUGGAAAAGCUGGUAUUCCCUCUAGUGGAUCAAGAGAGCUAGAAUAAAUUUUCCCUGUGAUUUCUCAAACUGUUUUGUUUGCCUACAUGCGGUAUGUACAGUAAAACCCACUAUUCAAGUGUACAAAUCCAAAGUUUUUAAUCUUGCUCAAAGUUUAUAAUUCCUAAGUGUACAAUUUGGGUGCACCUGCUAUUGAAAUAGUGCUUAUGAAUGCUGAAUAGUUAAACCUGCUCUUAAUUUUACUUACCUCAAACACAAUUCAGACAAAGUAAAAUAUUUAUAAUAAUUUUUAGGUAUUAUCACUGGCAUAUUACAUAUCCUGAAUUUCUUUCCCCAAGAGCACAACAGUGAGCUAAUGGAAAGUAUUAUCAAUGUUUUUACACAUUUUCAGGAUAAUUCAAAUGGUGCGAUGCCAAUGUGAUUAAUCAUAGUUUCUUAAGUAAUUAAAACAAAAAUCACCUUUUAAUGCAGGUUGGUUCAUUGUGAUGUUCAAUUUUUUUAAAGCACAUUUGUUUUAAUAGACUAUGUUUACAACGUUUAUCAUAUCAUCAACUUGCACGCAUAUUCGUUCUAAUGUUUUCUUUUACAGCAUUUUUAAGCAUUACAAUUUGUGUACACCUGUUGCUUAAAU